AUGGAUAUAAACGAAGGUACCACAGCCGAUGAUCUAUGGACCCCGUACAAAGAGCUGGUGUCUGUGGUGGAGGGCUACCUGGUACACGAAGGCAAGGGCGCCCCAUACGCUGUCCACACAUUUGAAACAGUACUGAGACGGCACAAGCAAACAUUCCUAUCACUGUUCAAAAAUCCUGCAAAGAAUGCCAGUAGUCGGGAGGAGAUAAGGCGUGGCAUUACAGAGGGAGUCACCCUCCCCAGCAUUGGAAGGACACUCCUCUCUAAAGAGCUGGUGGAAGAGGCAAUCAUCAUAUCAGAUAUGUACAAUGUUAGCGAGUACCUCUCACUGGAACUGUUACACACGGCGCAGCGCCAGUCGCCGCGACACCCGGGACUGCCGCGCGGGCUGGUGGCCGUGCUGCUCUACUACGACGGCAGGAGGGCACUCGUACAGGCUCUCAAGGAACUCGUCAUGGCUAGAGAUGGUGUUUGCUGGUCAAUCAAUGCUCGCGACGAGAUUAUCUCAUACGUGUCCCGCUAUGUGGAGCAGUUGAUAUCGGACGGGUUGCUAAGCAACGCUCUGGACUCUCUCCGUCGGUUCACGCUGGAAGUGGAGAUGGAACUGCUGCAGAACAAUCGCGCGCUACCGCCUGGCAGACACCAUGCCACACUAGUCAAUACUAUUGAGACUACUAGGAAACUGCUGGCCGGUGUUGUGUUUGCGGCCUCAGCUCAAAAAGGACUUAGCAGAGAUAUAAUUUUAAGAAUCAUAGCAGAGCAAACAACAUCGCCAACGCAAGGUCCAACUGGUGCACUUGACGAGAUCUCUCUCGCCUUACAAAUGGCUCUACUUUAUGCACUGGAUUUAUCAGUAUUACACCGACGUGAAGACGGUGAAGAAUUAGCCAAGAAGCUACCUCUCAUCCAAGACCCAGAAUUGAUCUCCGUGCUACUAGAUGAGCUGUCCGGUACACCAGCAGAGCAAGGCCGAGGAGCCGGAGUCAGGGCCCUCUGUCAACUCUCUCUAGGGUUAGCACUCGCGGCGUUAAAGAGGGCGCCACAAUCGUUAUUGAGGCGGACUAACUCGCCACAUCUCAAGUGUGAGCUGCUGGAUCAGGAUGAAAUGCUGGUCGAUGCUGCUAUUGAUGGGAAGGUGUUCGAGUACCUGGACGAGGCGAUCUUGUCGACGGACCUGGUGGCGAAGGAGGAGUACUACCAGCGCCGCAUACACACGCUCAUCACGGACUUCAUUGUACUCAUGCACUCCAAGCUCAUGGAGAUGAGGGUCAAGGCGGACGAGGCGGCGCGCGCGGUGUCGAUGUACGCGGCGGAGGGGCUGAGCGCGCCGGCGGCGGCGGGCGCGGGCCGCACGCGGCUGGACGCGCUGCUGCGCUGCGUGGAGCGGCUGUACGCGCGCGACCCGCUGCGGCUGCGCGCGCAGUACUGGGCGGCGUGCGGCGGCGGCGCGCGCGGCGCGGGGCGCGCGGCCACGCUGUACAAGUUCGUGCGCCUGUCGGGCGAGGUGCUGUGCGGCGCGCUGCUGGCGGGCUACCUGCGCGCGCUGGCCAGCCUGGCCGUGCCCAAGCACACCUGGGCCCUGCUCGCCAAGCGAGACGCGCUCUCCGCGUACCAUCUCCUCACUGCGCUUGCUAGAUACCACAGCAACCUGCGCGCAGACCCAGCUCCAUUCUCAGAACACGUACAUGCGUCGUCUCUGGGCGCUUCCGCGAUCGUGACACCUGCAGCGCGACCUGGCAAGAUGCUCGUGCGCCAAGAAGAGGUAGAGGCAUUGAUAGCAGCUCUGAAGCUGAUAGCAAGCGUUGCGCGCGAGGAUCACGCCGCCUGCGCAGCGAUCUGCGAGAACUUGCAGUGGGAUGCUGUCAACGUCAUGUUUGGUCUGAUCUGCUGUCAUAUCCCGCUGCAGCUGAAGGCGGAGCUGUGCCUGACCCUGGCAGCGCUGGGCAGUACCUCGGCUACGGCUGGCAGGGUGUGGGCAGCGUUAGAGGCUGCACAUCUCGUCUCUACCACUAAUGAUAAGAGGGCACUCAAUGCUGAGCUACAUGAGGUGGAGUGUCGCAUGGAAGAGUACCCGCUGUCCCGCGCGUUCCUGGUGCUGCUGGAGUCGCUGUGCGCGGCGGCCCCGCUGCCCCGCGCGCUGGGCGCCGGCGCGCGCGCGCCCGGCCUCGACCCCUACGUCGACCACGCGCUCAACCGACUGGCCCUGCCCGCGCCGCACAGACCCUACGCCAAGCCUACUGAGAAGUGGCAGAUGCUCUCCCUCUGCUUCCGCCUAUUCGCCCGUUGGUUGGAGUCGUACGAGCCGUCCCCCUCGGACUUCCCCCCCAUGGGGCGGGAGGCGGACACCAACCCCCCUCCCGGGUUCCGUCUGUUGCUGCAACUACAUACUAAGUCCGAGCUACUGCGUUUACUGCUGACGUCACUGGAAGAGGCACACGACUUGUUGGAUAAACACCCUCAUCCUGCUAGAGAGUUCGCGGAGCAGGCCCUGGUGAGCUGCCUGGAACUACUGGAGCGCGCGCUGGCACUCGAGCGACCUCUACUCACUGCUGCAGCGGAUGCAGGACGAGCUGUGCUACUCGUACCGCUCUCUAAGCUUAUACUCGCCCCGGAGGGCAUGGACAGCGCGUGCCCGCUGGUGACGUGCAGCCGCGUGGUGGGGGCGGUGGCGGCGCGGGCGGCGGCGGGCGCGCGCGCCGUGGCGCUGCUCGUGCGCGCCACCGCCGCGCCCGCCGCCGCGCGACAUCUGCUCGCCGCCAUCACGCAACGGGACGCGCUCGCUGCCGAGAUCAGAUACGGGUUCGUGGAGUGUCUGGAAGCAGAAGAAUGGACUGAACCUAGCGUGCAGGCGGAGGGUGGAGCCGAGGGCGCGGAGGGGGAGGGCGUGGGGGGCGCGGGGAGCGCGGAGCCAGUGAACUACGUGCGACAGGCCAAGGAGGGCGUGCUCGUACUACUGCAACAUAUCCUGCCCACUGCACCACCUAACCUUGCGCACUUCCUGCUCGGAUACAAUCUCUCUGAUGACGUGAGUCGCAGUUCCCUGAACGAGGCGGGCGCGGCGGGGUACCCGCGCACGUGUCUACACUCCAUACUCGACAUACUGGAACAACACAUCGCAUCGCAUAACAGGGAAGCGAACAACCUAGUGGAGAGUUGUUACCGGCUGAUAUACUGGCUGUGCGCUCGUCCAAGCACGUCGGCUCCUUUACUGAGGUUCCUGAGGACCAGGGACUACUUCCUAUCCAGACAUGUCAAGGCUACUAUUGAUCUCAAGAGCGCGUCCGUGGUGUCGCUGUCGGCGCGGUCCUGGGUGCUGCGCGCAUGCGCAGUGGAGGCGGGCGCGGCCGGGCGCCAGCACGCCGCGCUGGCCGCGCUGCUCACGGCGCUCACGCACACGGCGCACCACCCCACGCAGGAAUGGGAAUGGUGCCUACUUCGACGGACAUUGGAAGAGUUGCCGGUGAGCGUGGAGCCAGUAGCUGAGCCUCGCUGGGAGCUGUUCCAGGCACACCAGCUACGGCAGGCUAUAGCGUCAUGUGAUCUGCCUACUGGUUUAGGAGGUAAACGUAUCAGCGUGUCGCGAGUACAUGCACUACUGACUCGAGAGUUAGCUGCACUACAUGCCACAGCGCCUCAGAGGAAUCUCGUCGCCACUGAAAUACAAAAGGUGCUGGAUUACGUAACAGAAGUGAACAGACAGCGCAACCUAGCGGCGACACUGACGCACUACUACGACUCAUGGCGUCAACUCACUGAGAUUCUAUUCUGCGUGGCUCCACACGACAUACUCCCUCUAGAGUCUCGCAAAAAUUUACUCCUGAACAUCCUGCAGGACUUGCUCAACAAGAUCCCACCAGCGGAAGUACUCCCGCAACUUGGGAACCUGGCCUCCGGGACCGUCCUCCUCCUUCUAGUCAACCUCCGACACUGUUACCUCCUACAGAAAAGAGAGUCAAACCAAAAAUCCUCAGAAUUCGAAAUGAGCUUCUUCGGCCCAUCCAACCAGAUCAUGCAGACCAACUCUCUAACUCUGAAAUUCAUCCUACACAAGAUUCUAUCCUGGAUCUUAGUGUCUGGAGGGUCUACGCAGAAGAUGAGGGUCAAUCUAUACGGAGCGUUGUUGAACUUUUUGAAUAUUGUCAACUUGAAGACGAGUCCUGCUGACCCUGAAGAAGAGAAUAUGCCGACUACGUACGUCAGUAGACUAGACAGUUCUAAAGCUCGGCCUAGUAGAGAAGAAUCUGCAUUAAAGUCGAUGGUGAUAGAUGUGAUCAGUGACUUUGGUGAAAACCUGUGUUCGAUAGUGUGUGGGGACUGUAUUGGGGCGGGGCAUGAUGUCUGCCGCAUGGUGGCGCUGGCGUGCCUCGACACUCUCAUCGAGAUCAACCCAAGGACUGACUGGGUCAAUACACUCACUAACCAGGGGUACCUGCGGAGCUUGAUCGAUAGUUUGUUGCAAGACGAUGAGGGGUUAAAGGAGACUCUAGAACCAAAUCCGAAGUCACUCCGCGUGCUGUACGUAUAUGAAUCCAAGAUGGGUCUACUCCUGAAGCUGGCGGGGACCCGCGCGGGCGCUGAGACACUACUGGCGCAGGGGGCGCUCGCGUGUCUGGCCGGACUCAGCGCACUCGCCGCGCACCCUGAUAUACAUACUGGAUACGCAUCGCACAAGGAUACCGAGUUCGUUCCUAGUGUAGCUAACAGGUUCCGCCAGGUGUUGGUGCCGGCGCUGUGUGUGUGCGACGCGGUGCUGACGUCGCUGGGCGCGCACAACCACAGCUGCGUGCUGCACGUCACGCACGCACUGCUCAGCCACGUCGAGUGUAUCGACGCCGUGCUCAGGGCGGCACAUCCGAACUCUCCAGUAGAACUACUAAUAGAAGUGGAAGCGAUAACAUCAGUGAUAGGUCGGGCAUCGAACCGCGAAGUAUUUGGUGGAGCGGUGGCGGUAGAGCCCACCGCAUUACAGGCGAGCGCGGCCGCGGCGCAGCGCGUGCGGUGGCUCAUGCUGGCCCUGCUCGGCAGGUUCCACCGCCCCGCCACCGACCUGUCAGACCAGAACAACUCCAGCCUACUCUACUAUAAGAUCGUAUGCAACCUGCUAACAUACGCUCGCAACAUAAUGUGUGACUCGACGGGUCGCUGCGUAAGCCUGGCGGCCGGGGAGGGAGCCCCGGGGGCGGAGGCCGGGGCCGCGGGCCGGUUACUGGCGCUAGUACAACAUCUUGUACGAGCACACACACACCACGACAAACUACUCGCCACUACCAGGCAUCAGUUGCACAACCUGCCCACUAUGAGCCUCGACGACAUGCGCAAGCUGGUCCCCGCGGAGUCGUCGUCGCUGUCCCCGGUGGAGGUCCGCACGCGCGCGGUGUGUGCGCUGGGCGCGCGCGUGCGCCGGCGCCGCGCCGAGCUGGCCGCCGCCGCGCACGCGCUCGACUGCGCGCUGCAUCUACUGUGGGCACACACUCGGGUGCUGCUGAGGGCGGGGCUACCCACUGAUGAUAAUGAUAACUCGCUACUGAACACGUCGGGCGCGUGGCGCGGCAGUGGGGACGACCUGCCGGAACUGCGCAAGGAACUCAUCGCAGUGUUCAACGACAGGUUCACUGAACAACUGCUCGAUACUGCCAAGAACCAGCCUCAAGUACAGCGCAGUUUCCUGGAGAUCCUGGUGAAGGACAUCAAGACGAUGGUGCAGUUCUCCCCGCUCUGA